AUGACUGAUUCGUCUGGUGCUGCAAUAACGGCUGUGCUAUUGAUACUCAUUGUUGUGGACGUUGUGGGCAAUACACUUGUUUGUUUAAUCAUAAAACGAUAUCUUCGCACAAAGUAUGAGAAACAUUCUUUACGGAUUUGUUUCUUCCUCGUCCGAGUGUUUCUGAGUUCUGCUUUAGAUCAUUUAUAAUUUGGAUUUUUCUUCUCUAAAUACAGAAAUCCCAUAAAUUAUUUACUUCUGAAUCUGGCCAUAUCUGAUAUCCUAUUCGCAUUGUUCAUCGCACCAAAGAUUAUCGUCAGCUUCAACAUGAGUCACCCGGACGGAUUGGCAGGUGUGGUACUUUGCAAGCUUUUGACAGGUGGAAAUAUAGCCUGGGUUGCAGGAGUUUCGUCAGUUGUCACUUUGGUUGCAAUUGCCUUUGAAAGAUAUUACUCAGUAUUAUAUCCCAUUGCCAGAGAAAAGAAUCUUUCACGGCGCAAACUGAAGGCAAGUCUAUGCAUCAACCCUAAAAAACCAACGGACUCUUCAAAAUGCCCAAAAUCUUCCAAUCCUAUUCAAAAUGCGCAAUUUGUCCGACAAGGCGCAGUCAUCCAUCAAUUUAGCCACCGGUCCAUCUAACUGCCAAUCACUUGCUAAAGAGCUUAGAAGAACUCUGAACUCACGAUAGUCAUUGUGCGCAUAAAAUUUCACAAAAUUUGGUAACCUCUCUUUUAACUUUCUUUUUCAGAUAAUAGUUCUUGGCGCUUGGGUGUUCUCAGCAUUUUUCAACAUACCAUUGUUCUUAGCUAGGACCUUCGACAAGGAGAAGACCAGCAAAAACUGUGUUCAGAAUUGGCCUGAGAGGUGGAUGUCCACGGCUUAUUGUUUGGCGUGGUUGGUUUUGGUUGUCGUUUCCGUGGGAAUUAUGGUUGUCCUUUAUUCUAUUGUUGCGUGCACAUUGUGGUUCAAACGCAAUGGAAACAAAGGAAUCAACUAUCAGCAAAAAGUUAGUGUUUAAAUAGGGGGAAAUUAAACACAGGAAGACUUAGGGAAACAAUUUUGCUGUCACUAUGGCUAAAAUUAGAAAGAAUCCUAUCUAAAUGACAAGUGAACCUUUAGUUGAAAAAGUCUCCUCUCAAAGAAUAUCUUUAAGAAAAGGGUAUAUAUCCUUGUAAUGAAGAAGUGUCGCUUUUCUCAUAAUGAGUUUAACGACAUUCUUCACUACAUUAUCUUAGCUCAUUGAGACCUUUUCCUUCUCACAAUUCACAGGGCGUCUUAAAGGUUCGGAAACGUGUUACCUUGAUGGCUAUAGCAGUCAGUAUCAUCUUUGCAGUUUCCUGGGGAGCAGAAUCAAUUGAAUACGUCUUGAGGACUCUUUCAACUCUCAAAAUCAGCUUUGAACAUAUUGCAGCUGUUGAUAUGAUGGUGUUGUUCAAUUCAGCAGUCAACCCAUUCGUGUAUGCCCUCUUGAACCAACAGUUCAGACAGAACAUCAAGAGAGUGAUUUGGUGUAAUGAUACACCGGAACCCAGGACUGGAGGAAAGGAAAACACAAGCCGAAGUACUGAUCAUGAACGCACUACUGAAAUGUGAUUCUUAAAACAUUGCUUAUUAUAUGGCAGAUGAGUCCCACCAUCGAUAUAUGUUAAAGGUCUUAAAAGUAAAAUAAACUCACUUAAAUAUUAGAGAAGAAGGGUGGAAAGAGAAUUUCAACAACACGUUAACUUAAAAAGGGAGCUUAGUCAAGCAGUGAAAUGAAGGAGACAAAAAACAAUAUCUGCUUGCCUACGUGUAGCCAUACCCUUCCCCCCUAAGGUGAAGCGAAAGCGAGGCAACGUCUACGCAAACCUGACACUACUCAUGUUCCGUGACGUCACUCUUAUUCAAGAAAAUAUAUAAUGACGUUUUAUUGGUUAACCUCUUUUGCUUGGUAAUUUAUUUCCAUACUAACGAACUGGUGAACAAAACGCUUUCAUGGUCAACUUUUCAGACAACAGGUAUCCACGACGAGGUUUUUAAGGCAAGUUUGCUCGACUUUUGGGAUAGAAACAUUUCAAGAAGAACAGCAGAAAGCCGUAGAUAUGUUUUUCGAAAGGUUACAAUGUCUCCGUUUGACUGGCUUUGGAAAAUCUUCAAUAUAUCAAACAGCGCCGGUAAUCGAUCGCCUUUCUUUUUUAGAUGAAACCGGUUACUAUAUUUACUGUGCCGCCCGUUAAAGCUCUCACAGGAGACCAGGUGCACUAUCUUAAUGUACUUGGGCCAAGAGGCCCUUCAACUUUCGGUUUCUUUGCGAACGGCGCUGCAAAGCUAUUAAAUUGAAGUUAGUAGAUUCUUGCAGCGAUACCUUCGAUUGAGAGAAGGGUAGCUCUUUCUUUUGUUGCUUGCAGCGUAACUAUUUCUUAAAGAAAUCUGUAAAAACUUGAGAUUCUGCUGCAAUGAUUAAACUUUUUUCGACGACCGUGGCACUGUUUACAAAUGUAAGCAGAAACAAAAAUAAUAUUUUAUUUCUUAAACUCAACGAAAUUCUCUCCAAAUGAACCCGAAUGAUUUAGGGCUGUAAUUAAGGCAAGAUCUCCCAUAACCUGAACAAUUUUUUGAGCGAGUUAAUGGUUGUUAAAAUAGAGGUAAUACAAAUUAAAGAGAGAGGUUCAUCAAAACAUUUUCAGUUGCAUAAACAAACUUUGAAACAUUGUUUUUACAAGUAUCUGUCAAUUAGAGAGAGCGUAAGAGAAAAAAAGCGCAAGUACACUUUUGAAAAAACAACGGAACUAGUUCGACAAGGACUGUCACAAUAAUGUUUUCUUCAAAAA